GGGUGGUGCGCAUGCGUGGCGUGCUGGCUUUUUGGCGCACACGUGUCUCGAUUGCAAAGGUCCGAGUGUAGGUCUCCGGGUCGGACGCACGCGGUGAUCCCGGUUUAGCCAUGUUGGUGCUUUUUGAGACCGCGGCGGGAUACGCCAUAUUUAAGGUUCUAGAUGAAAGCAAGUUGCAAGAAGUGGACAGUAUAUGGAAGGAAUUUGAGACCCCAGAAAAGGCAAAUAAAGUAGUGAAGUUAAAACACUUUGAGAAGUUUCAAGACACGACUGAAGCGUUAGCAGCGGCUACUGCUUUGGUAGAAGGAAAGCUCGGCAAAAACUUAAAGAAGGUACUAAAGAAAAUAGCAGCAAAAGAAGCACAUGAACAACUGGCAAUUGCAGAUGCUAAGCUCGGAGGUGUCAUUAAGGACAAGGUGAACAUCAGCUGCGUGCACAGUGCCAUGGUGACGGAGCUCAUGAGGGGUAUUCGCAAUCAGGUCGAUGGCCUUAUUACAGGACUGUCAACUCGGGAAAUGGCUGCUAUGUCCCUUGGCUUGGCACAUAGCCUGUCCCGCUACAAACUAAAGUUCAGCCCUGACAAGGUUGAUACAAUGAUUGUACAAGCCAUCUCCCUUCUAGAUGAUCUGGAUAAAGAGCUGAAUAAUUACAUCAUGCGUUGCAGAGAGUGGUAUGGCUGGCACUUCCCCGAGCUGGGCAAAAUUAUCACCGACAACUUGGCAUACUGCAAGUGUUUGCGGGCUGUAGGAGACAGGGUUAAUUUUGCAGCCUUUGACCUCUCUGAGAUCCUUCCAGAAGAAGUGGAAGCUGAAGUGAAAGCUGCUGCAGAGAUUUCUAUGGGAACAGAGGUGUCGGAAGAAGAUAUAAAUAAUAUCUUGCACCUAUGUGAUCAGGUAAUAGAAAUUUCAGAGUACAGGACGCAGCUGUACGAUUAUCUCAAAAACAGAAUGAUGGCCAUAGCGCCAAACCUUACUAUUCUAGUAGGGGAGCUGGUUGGUGCCAGACUCAUUGCCCAUGCCGGCUCUCUCCUGAAUCUGGCGAAACAUCCGGCAUCCACUGUGCAGAUCUUAGGGGCUGAGAAGGCACUGUUCAGAGCUCUGAAGACCAAAAGGGACACUCCAAAAUAUGGUCUUAUUUAUCAUGCAUCCCUUGUUGGGCAAACUACACCUAAAAAUAAGGGCAAGAUUUCACGUAUGUUGGCAGCCAAGGCAUCACUUGCUAUCAGAUACGAUGCUCUUGGUGAGGACACAAAUGCAGAACUGGGGAUAGAGACGAGAGCAAAGUUGGAAGUACGUCUACGACACUUGGAAGAGAAGGGGCUGAAGAGAAUUAGUGGCACCGGGAAAGCACUUGCCAGAGCUGAGAAAUAUCAACACAAAAGUGAGGUCAGAGUUUAUGACCCAUCUGGAGAUUCCACCCUGCCCUCUGUUCCCAAGAAGAGGAAGAUUGAGGAGGUGGAGGAGGAGGAAGAACAGCCCACUGAGGUCAAAGUGAAGAAAGCUAAAAAGCCAAAAAUUGAACCGGUUGAAGAAGCAGAAGAAGAACCAGAAGUCGAGGAGACGCCAAAGAAGAAGAAGAAGAAAAAGAAGAAAGCGAUAAAGACUGAAGAGGAGGAAGAACUACAGGAAGAAGCACCUACUACUAGCACAGCUGGUGAGCCUUCCAAAAAGAAAAAGAAAAAAAAGAAGGCAAAACAGGAAGAGGAGGAGGAAGAUGAUUGAGGACUGUGAACUUUUUCUUCACAAAGCAUUGACAAUAUUUCAAAAUCGGACUUUACAGAACUGGUUUUACCAGCAGGAUUCCUGAUAACCCUGCCUUUUGUCUGUACCAUUCUUUCUAAAUGAACAAAGCUGUAAAACCUUGUCAUUUUUUAUACAGUCAGAGUUGAGAACUUUUAUAUUGGUGGUCUGUCAGGCUGCAUAGACUUUAUUCCUUUAUUUUUGUGUAUGAGUAGAUCACUUGAAUACAGACAGUAACCUUUCCUGUCUUAAUGAAACACAUUUACGAAAGUCA